AUGCAUCCCCCGCAACUGGUACUUGCUCUCGUCGGCCAGGCGGCCAUCGCCGCGGCCAUGCCCCUCCAGUCCCUCUGGGCUGGCGAGAUGGGCAAGAGGGCGCCCGGCGAUGCCGACGCCAUCGAGAAGGCGCUGACCCCCGUCUCCCAGUCCCUCACGACGCUCGACAACGCCAUCUUGGCUCUGGACGGCGGCCCCGUCUCGGCCAACAACCUCCUCAUCGCCUCCCAGCAGACCCAGACGGUCACCGAACAGGCCACCGCAAAGAUCCAGGGCGCCGGCGACCUCGGCAUUUUCAGGGCGGCCAGGCUCCGCCGGACCACGGACGAUCUCGUCGACCAGACGACGACCACGAUCAACGACUUGGUCUCCCGCAAGCCUAUCCUCGACAACAUGGGCGUCAGCGCCGUCGCCUUGGACUCGCUCCAGAAGCAAAAGGCGUCGACCGUAGCGUUGACUGCCGCGCUGGAGGACAAGGUCCCCAGAAUCGGCCAGAGGAUCGCCGCCGAUAGCCGAUCCAAGAUCGAAUCUGUACUGGACCAGGGCAUCGCCGCCUACUCGGUGCCCGCUCCCGCUGCUGCCCCGGCUCCUCCUGCUGCUGCCGUCCCGGCUCCCCCU